CUUCCUUCUGCUACCUGUUAGUCCAUUCUUGCUGUGACUGUGGUUGGUGUUGGUGUAUGUCCAAUCUGGAUAACUGUGGGAGUCACGGAACUGGUUUUCAGACCAAAGAACCAAAAGUCCUGGGAAAGAAAUGUUUCUUAGGAAAAGGUAUCAGUUGAGUAAAAGUUGCCCUUCAAAUUGGAUAUCAAAAAAGUAAAAAAUGCUCAACUACCAGCAGGCUGUCUGUCAAAAAGACAAAAAAGGAAUUGAUGUUUAAAAUAUUACAAUAGGUUUGACUGAAGCGCUUGUUUAUCGUUUCCCUGUGAGCCUGUUUGUCAUAAGAAGAUAGUUCAGAUGCUCUUUGGGUUCUCCUCACAGAAAUACUUGAGUAGAAUGAAAACCCAUGGGGUUGUAACUGAGUAGAUGUGGUUACACUCUUCCUCUGGUAGUUAAAUGAGUAGAUUAACUCCUCUUACUCAGAUUAUUUGGACCUCAUUCAUCAAAUCUUUUUUUGUUCUUCCCAACCACCUCACAAUCACCACAAACUAAGAGAGUUUAAAAUGUUCUUAUUUUGGAAUACACAGAUUUUUACAUUGGUAUGAUUAUUGUCUUUUUUUUCUUAACAAUAAAAGAAAAGUCAGAUGUUUGGUUUAAAGUGAAAAGAAAGAGUGGUUUUCCAAAAAGAGAACCAGCAGUAGACCUGCUGUGAUUCUUAGGAGAAGGUUUUUGUGGUAGUAACCACUGUUCCUGAUGGCGUGUCAGUUCUGAGUGAUGACCUCACUUUUUCAUUUUUGCAGCUAAACUUGUUUGUUGCUUCAGACUGAACAGGUUUGACUUCCUCAAAAUUCAACAUGUCUUUCAUAGAGCAGACAGACCAGGUGUCAAAUCUUUGCUGAAGGUUCUGAAGCUAUAAUUUUCUCUACAGUUUUCCAGUCACAGUCCCAUUCAUCCAUGUACACACACAGUCACACACUGAUGGAAGCUCCACUGCCUUAUACUGAUGCCAGUCUGUAACCACCAGAAGCAAUGUGGAGUUCAUUGUCUUGCCCAAAGACACUUUCAGGAAUCAGGAAUCAGGAAUCUUUAUUGUCAUUUUACCACAGUGAUAAAACGAAAUUUGUGUCUCUGGUCCCGGGCCGGCCGUUUACAGUCAGAAGACAGGAAUAGGUAACAUAUCAAUAUGGUAAAGUAUGAUUCCUAUUGAAUUAUUGCACAGUGGAGAAUAUAAUAUAUAACUGACACAAGGGUUGGCAGGGCGGGAGGUGACCUGGGAUCACCUGAUCAGAGGGCGACUGCUUUACCUCUGCACCACUGCAUGUAUCAGAACAGUUGUUGGCUUGUCUUUUAUUGUGUUUGUAUCAAGAGCAACAUCAUUAGCCAAAAAUAGAUUAAAUAAAUGUUUUGAUUUUGCAAUGUGUUUUUCUAAAAAUGGGCACAGCAUCGAUUAAAAAACAUGAUCUUAGUUGGUCAACAGAGGCAGAAAACAUUUCCAACAUUUGAUCCCUUUUGUUCUUGUAAUUUAUUGUAAGGAUCAGAAUCAGAGAUGUCUCCUUUAAUUUUCAGCCAUAGAGUCUGGUGUCACCAACACUCAGCUCCCGCUAAAACCAGCUGCUGCUCUGUUUCUUUCCCUCCUUCAGAUUUACUGGUGUCUAUGAAGUUGCUGGCUUGUUUUCACAGCAACAAAGCCUGAAUCAGGCUAACCAGAUUGUGCUGAUUUGAUCCUAUCAAAGAGAACUUUAUGGUGGUUAAAAUACUGAUUUGUCAUUUUGUCUCCAUUUAAGCAGGAAGAGAAAACCAGAGGAGAAGCAUUCUUUGAAUACUGUGUAGAAGAAAACCACAUAAAUGCAGAGCUAUCAUAACAAUAACAAUAGAUAGAUUGGUAGGCAGGUAGGUAUGUAAUUGUCAGGAAAAUACACCAAACAGGAACAGUAGAGGGCAGCGAAGGGACAGGAACUGUCAAUGCCUGACAAGGUAGGUACAUAGUGGAGUGGUGGAGCGAUCAGACACAAAUCCAGGAUUUAUUUGGUUUUAGAAAUAUUUAGGUGGAGCAUGUUCAUUUGGUACCACUCUCUGAACAAGUUCAUGUCUAGAAACAACCUUAAAUCAUCAUCAUAACAUUCAAACAAUGUUCAAAAGAACCUAAGAAGUAGUGAAUUGUUUUCAUGAAACUGCUAAGCAGCAAGAAUAUCUUUGUCUUAAGAAGAUGAACAUUAUUCUGGUGGUGCUCCUCUCCAGACGCAGCAGCAGUUCUUUAGGAUGUUUCGUGGUGGCAUCUGUAGAUGGACUGUCCUGUCCCUCAGCUGGAAACCCCUGAAACCCUUUCAGUUUGCUGUUUCUGCUCCUUCAGAAUAUCUUUUGAUAGAUAUCUACUGAGUGACGGAAACCCUGAAGCUGCUCCAGAUAAACAUUGUCUUUCUUUUCCUGCCUUCAGAGCCUUUCCUUGUGAGGCUGAUCAUUGUGUGGGUUCUUCAUCUCAAACGGUGCAGGAUGUUACUGUUGCUACUCUGCUGUUGGUCCUUCAGUCUGCUUAGACUUUCAUCUUCCCUCAUUCAUGGACACAUGCCGGUGGACCAGGGCCCAAUUUCCAGUCACCGAAGUGAUGCGCCGUACCUGCCGGACAUCGAGAGAAGCCGUGUUCCUGAUUCUGUGUUGGACCCAGACCUCCUUUCCGCCGAUGCAGUAGAGGAUCACUUUGUAAUGGAGCCAGGUUCCUACGAGGAGGACUCGUCUGCAGGCCUGCAGCUGCAGGGCCGGGCCAUGCGCUCGUCUCGCCGCUGCAUCCCUCACCAGCAGUCCUGCCUGGGUUACCCUCUGCCCUGCUGUGACCCCUGCGACACCUGUUAUUGCCGCUUCUUCAAUGCCAUCUGUUACUGCCGCCAAAUAGGCCACACCUGUGCACCCCGGCGCACCUAACUGCUUACCUGAUGGCUGAGCAGCGACGUGGAUCUGUUUGCUUGUUUGUUUGUUUUUUCGCUUGUUUUUUUUUUUGUGCUAGAUAGAUAUUGUGUGUUUUUAUGAAAUAAACAUUAUAAAUAAUCCCAGCAGGGGCUUUGUCCAUGUGACUAACUAGUGUUUUGUGUUUAUAAAAGAAAUCAGAGUAGAUGUUUCCUGCUAUGUUUGAUUCUGGAUGCUGGACGGUGUACCGAGACAUUCGGUAAGUUUCUCAAAGAAUUUCAGUAAAACGUCAACAUCAGCACAAAAAAAUUCUGCUUCUUUGGACAUGUUUUAUUCAGUUCAUGUGCUGAAUUCACAUGAGAAAAUGGCAGGGACAGUAGUGGAUCCUAAAGGGAAGGAGGAGACCAAGAGGAGAAAAA